AGAACUCUUGCUUGAACCACACAGCUGAAAGAAUGGCAAGAAGAAACGUCCUUAUUACAGGUUGCUCCUCAGGAAUUGGAUUGGCCUUAGCUGUAAAAAUGGCAAAAGAUGAUCAGGAAAGAUUUAAAGUGUAUGCCACAAUGCGGAAUCUGGCCAAGAAAGAUGCACUCGAGGAAGCUGCAGGUCAUAAACUGGGCAAAACCCUGGAAAUUAAACAACUGGAUGUCUGUGAUGAACAGUCCAUUAAAACUUGUGUGAAUAGUAUCCCUGACAGAAGGAUUGAUGUCCUAGUUAGCAAUGCUGGAAUGGGGCUCAUUGGACCAAUUGAAUGUCAGACUAUCGAUGAAAUGAAAACUGUGAUGGAUACCAACUUCUUUGGACUGGUUCGACUCCUGAAGGAGAUUUUGCCUGACAUGAAGAAGAGAAAGAGCGGGCAUAUAGUUAUAAUAAGCAGUGUUAUGGGAAUACAAGGUAUCUUAUUUAAUGAUGUUUAUGCUGCAUCUAAGUUUGCGGUGGAAGGAUUCUGUGAAAGUUUAGCUAUACAAGCACUCAAGUUCAAGCUGCAGUUAAGUUUGAUUGAACCAGGUCCAGUGGUUACAGAAUUUGAAAGAAAAGUGUUUGAAGACGGAAUGAAAAUGGAUCUUUCAGCUGCAGAUGAGGAAACAGCUGACAUGUUUACUAAUAUCUACCUUAAAAAUUACAAACAAAUUUUCCAGAGCCUAGGACAAAGUGCUGAGGAAGUUGCAGAGCAUACAGUAAAGAUAAUACUUGCAGAAAAUCCACCUUUUCGUCAUCAGACCAACACCUUGUAUACACCUAUGACAACACUGAAAUAUGCAGAUCCAAAUGGAGAUCUACCCAUUGAUAUAUUCUACAAAAUGGUUUUUCAUCAUGACAAAAUCUUCAGUGCAAGUCUUAACUUCAUCAAAUUGCUGAGGUGGAGAAGCAGAAAAAGCUUUGACCUGGGAAAAUCCUCAUCACAAUAAGUAUGAGAUUGUGCAAGCUGGAAAUAUUUGUUAUAGCUACUGCUAACACCAUGUUGUUGUUUGUCCUGUAACUGUAUAAAGGCAUUCAAGACCUUUGAGCUUACUUAAGAUAUUCACCUCAGUAUGUUUAUGUUUAGUCUGCAGAACCUUAACAUUAAAAUCCUCUAUCCACAGGUUUAGUCCAUUUAGCAACUGCUAUUUAGAAUUCUCUUUUCAUGGAAAGAUGAACACUGACUUAAAUUCUUAAAUAUUUAAUAUCAACCUGCUUCCAUUCACUUAUAAUGUAGCACACAGUGAGAUGUGUACUGUAUGAGGCUAUUACGAAUCUAUAAAUAAUUGUAUUUGAUAUAUGAAAAAGUUUCAUCAAUCUUAACAA